AUGGCUGCUGCGACGAAUGCGGUCCAGGAGGAUCAGCCUUGGGACGAGGCGCAAUGUGUGGCAGCGCUUGCAGCGCUCGAGAGGCUGCAGGAUCAACUUGACGAAGUCCGCCUUGUCAUCCCGGCCCUCGUAGAACCGCUGAAGGUCCCACGCGACACACCCCGCGAGCUGUUUCUGGAUUUCAAGCAAACCGCCAUCGGCGUCUCCAAGCGCAUGCAGAAUUUCGACCGCACUUGGAAAGCGCAAGAGACCCAGUCAAUACUGGCGUAUGCCAGACAGAGGCAGAAAGCGGAUCCAGACCUCGACCAAGGGCGUGAUGUAUUGCGCUAUGGAUGGUUGAACGAUGCGGUAAAGGAGAAUAAGGUGCAAAGCGCUCCCCAGGACAAUGAGGCUUCAAAGAAUGCAAACAAUGGUCCAGCAGACAAAUAG